CUUCUACUUUAUAAUUUAAGAAGAUCUGUGGUAAAACCCUAACGGAUUCAACAGAAGCUCUGUCGACAUGGGUUUGUCUUUUCGUUUAUCUGUGAUCCAUCGGAAGAGAAUGAAGGGAAGAAGAUUCCAUCAGCAGGAGAUGGAGAUUCCUAAUGAUGUGGUGAUGGAGGAGAUCCUUACAAGAUUGCCAGCUAAAUCUCUGAUGAGAUUCAAGUGUGUCUCAAAGCUUUGGUCAUCCCUUAUCAGCUCACGGUAUUUCAGCAACCGUUUUCUCACAGUACCAACCCGUCCUCGUCCUAGAAUUUACAUGUGUUUGCAGGAUAACACUGACUACCGUAACUCUGUAACACUAUCAUUGGCUGAAGACACUACUAGUGCUUCUUCUUCCUGCUUUGUGGUUGACCACAAUCUGACCCACCAACGGGUGGGAGGCCACAUCUUACAAAAUCUUUGUGGCUUCAUGUGCUACUCCUUUAUGGCAAAGCCGCGGAUCUAUAACCCUGCCACCCGACAACUUGUCACCUUACCUGCCCCCAUCAAAUCCCAAACAGAAGCCGACGCAUACGGUUACUAUUUUGGAUAUGACCCAGUUAUCGACCAGUACAAUGUGGUCUGGUCAACUGGUGACUACGUGAAACAUUUGGGAGUGAUGAGGUCAGAGCAUAAGGUCUUUGUCCUAAAAGCUGGAGGAGAAGGUUCCUGGAAAAAGGCUUCUCCAGACUUUCUUCCUCACAUUCCGGCCAAAAGAGGAGUGUGUAUUGAUGGGGUUAUAUAUUACAUGGGUUGGACUGGUAGGUAUAAUGUAGCGCUGGUGAGCUUCCACAUUAGAUCCGGAGACUUCAAAAUGAUCCAAGUACCUCGUAGGGACGGAGAUGAAGUGCUUCAAAGGAUCACGAAUGUGAGUCUUAUAGAGUAUGGUGGCAAAGUAACUAUCAUUGACCAAACCAAUCUUAGAGAAAAGGGUAUGCUUGAUUUAUGGGCUGUGGAAGAUGCUGGCUGGUCAAGGAAAACUAUGGUUUUGCAAUCUUCUCAGUUACAUCUGGUGAUUAAUAACAAAACUAUAUACAACAUGAAAGGUACAACUCACAAUAACAAGGUUUUCUUUGUACCAGAGGAUAUGUUUUCUCCCUUUCACAUUCUCUCUUAUGACCUUGGAAGCAAUGAUAUGACAAAGAUCGAAAUAAAAGGAAUACCGGACCACUGGUUUAGAACUGAUAAAGAGUCCGUUUACGUGAUGUUGAUGGAUCAGAGUGAGAGUCUCGUACGUGUACUUGGAGACUUGAAUUAGACGUUACUUUUCUACCUUUCUAAUGCAUUUUUGUUAAUUUUGUUUUCUGUGUUAAAC